AUGAGAACAACAGAAAUUAAAACCCUUUUUUUUAGCGACAAAAAAGACUUUAAAUUUGAUUUCGAAGAUUUUGUUAAAAAUGAAUUGGGAGUUGGGGUCCAAAAACCUUUUCCCCAAAGAGAAAUUUGUCAAGAUUAUGUACGUGGUGUAUGUCAUCGCGGAACGUCAUGUCGUUAUGAACAUAUUAUAAAGAAAUUUAUAGUUUGCAAACAUUGGUUACGUGGUUUAUGUAUGAAAGGUGAUGAACAAUGCGAAUAUUUACACGAAUAUAAAUUAUCAAGAAUGCCAAAGUGUAUUUAUUUUAAUUUGUUUGGAGUUUGUCAAAAUGCAAAUUGCAUUUAUUCUCAUAUUGAGAAAGAUCAUGAAAUUUGCGGUGAUUAUGAAUGUGGAUUUUGCAAACACGGUCCCGAUUGCCUUAAAAAACAUGUAAAAAAAGUUUUAUGCGAAUCUUACUUUAUGGGAUUUUGUCUAAAAGGACCAAAAUGUUCUGAUGGACAUCCGAAAAUUGAUUUACGAAAAUUAAAAAAUUUAACAAAAUCUUCAAAUGAAUCGGUAAUCAAGAUCGGGAAAAGACAACAAAAUUGUUUAUAUCAGUAUCAGCAACAACAAAAUUCAUAUCAACGACAUGCAGGAAGUUCAGGAUCAAGGAUUCAAAUAUAUUCUUGGAAAGAUCAUAGUAUUGUUAGACAGGGCAAAGAUGAGAAAGAUCUUCAUGUAUUGCCUACAGUUGAACGUGCUGACGAGCAUGGCGUAAAUUGGCAACUUAAAGUAGAACCAGGUAUAUCUUCAUUUGCAAAUGAACCAACUGAAGUAGGACCAUUGCAUUUAAAACCUUUAUUACAAUUCGCAGACAAAGUCAUACCUACAAAUGAAAUCCAUCAAACGCCUAUAUAUUUACUGGCUACUGCUGGAAUGCGACUAUUGCUGCCAUCUCAACAACAAGCCAUACUUCAAAAUGCCUGUGAUUAUAUCCAAUUUAAUUAUCGAUUUAAAAUUAAUAAAUGUUCGGAUCAUGUUCAAGUCAUAACUGGCGAAACGGAAGGAAUAUACGGUUGGAUUGCUGUAAAUUACUUGAUGAAUGGAUUCGUUAAUGAUGAUGGUAAAUCACUUAUUGCCGACGGAAAAAAAAAUUCGGAUCAAACAUCUACAUUUGGAUUUUUAGACAUGGGUGGGGCUAGCACACAGAUUGCAUUUGAGCCAAAUAAAAUUGAAGCGAAAAAACAUGCCAAUGAUUUGACUAAAGUCACACUGUAUACUUUGGACGGAAAUAGAUUGGACUAUAAUGUAUUUGUCACAACAUUUUUAGGCUUUGGAACUAAUGAAGCACGUCGUAGAUACAUAGAGAGUCGAAUUAAAAAAUAUACCUCUACACAUGAACAAAUAGUCAAUCCUGACACUGCUAGAGAACAACCAACCAUUCUAUUAAAAGAUCCUUGUUUGCCUGUAGAUCUUUUACUUACCGAUAGGACAUUACCCCCUCCAUAUUAUACUCUACAAGGAACAGGAGAUUUCAAUCUUUGUUUAAAAGACACUUAUGAAUUAUUAAAUAAAUACGCUCCCUGUUUAGACAAUCCCUGUUUAUUUAAUGGUGUUCACACACCGAAAAUAGAUUUUUCGGUUAAUAAGUUCAUUGGAAUUUCUGAAUAUUGGUAUUCAUCUCACGAUAUUUAUGGUUUGGGUGGGAUGUGGAAUUUUCCAGAAUUUGAAAAAAAAGCUCUUGACUAUUGUGCUAGAAAUUGGGAAAAUAUUGUUGAAACAUAUUAUCUUAAAGGUGAAACGGCAAAUCCUUCAAUAGAUUUGACAAGAUUGGAACUGCAAUGUUUUAAAUCAGCAUGGUUGGUAAAUAUAUUGCACGAGGGAAUUGGUGUUCCGAGAAUGAUUGAUUCGGGUGGAUUGCCUGAAAAUAAUAAUUUAUUAGAAAAAGUUAGACAUAAAUCACCUUUCCAAAGUAUAAAUAGCAUUAAUAAUAUAGCAGUGAGCUGGACUCUUGGUAAAAUGGUUUUAGAAGCUUCGACGUCAAUAAUAUCGUCACAAGUCUUGCCACCGCCGCCGCCGCCACCAUCAUCUUAUUCACGAGCUCGUGGAUUAUUUGGCCAUUAUAAUUUUAUGGUUGAAUGGAUUAUUGGGGUCACAAUUUUGCUUGUAAUUUUAUUAAUGAUUUGGUGGUUAUGUUUGCGUAGUAAGAAUAUAAUUGGAAAAGGAAUAAAAAUUAGUAUAGCAUUUCUUUAUUCAUGUAUUUAUUCGUUGUUUAAUAGGAGCGGUAAAGGUAAAGAAGAACCGGAUUAUAGACGGUUAGAAAGUGGUAGUGGUGGUGGACAAUAUAGCACUCUUUGGGAAAAAAUUUUAGGGAUGAAGUAA